UCCCCAUUCCUGUCCCCCUCCCGGUGCCCAUUCCCGUCCCCGUCCCGGUGUCUGUCGGUGUCCCGCGGUGUCCCCCGCUUGCCGCUGCGGCGGCGGCUGUUGGUGGCGGUGGCGGUGCUGGUGGCAGCGGGGACAGCGUGGCUUUACCUGCGGCAGCAGAAGCGGCGGCAGCAGCGCUCCCGUCACCUCCGGCAGCUGCGGGCGCUGGCGCUGGCCCGCGGCGACUUCGAGCUGCGCGACACCUCGGGGACACCGCGGCGCAAGAGCGACUUCCUGGGGCGCUGGCUGCUGCUGUACUUCGGCUUCACGCACUGCCCGGACGUGUGUCCCGAGGAGCUGCAGAAACUCGGGGCAGCCCUGGAGCUGCUGGAGCAGCAGCGCCCGCAGCCGCCGGGGCUGCAGCCGCUCUUCAUCACGGUGGAUCCCGAGCGUGACGAUGAGGAGGCGCUGGAGCGGUACCUGCGCGAUUUCCACCCGCGCCUGCUGGGGCUCACCGGGACCCCCGAGCAGGUUCGGGGGGCUGCGGCCGCUUUCGGGGUGUACGUGAGCGCCGGGCCCCGCGAUGAGGACGGGGAUUACGUGGUGGAUCACUCGGUGCUGACGUUCCUGGUGGAUCCCGACGGGGUUUUUCGGGAUUGUUACGGGAGAUCCCGCACGGCCGAGGAGGUGGCGAGGAGCGUCAGGGGGCACAUGGAGGGCUACGAGCCGCUGCCCCCCGAGGGAGGGGAAUAA